CCUCCCAUGGAGAGGGCAGUAGGUGAGGAGUGGAACAUCCCACUGCCUUCUGGACAGCGGCUGUGGCUGGUGUGAACUUCCUGGGUGGCAGGCCAGCCCAAAGAGAAUGCCUGGCUCAUCCACCCUCCCCGCUCCACUGGCCAAAGGGUGAGGAGCAUUUCCAGACCCUGAGGGCCAGCACCAGGCUCUUGUCACCAGCCAGACGAGCUGGCCCUGCAGGUUGAAGCUAUGGUGGGGAGACAAAGCCCUUCCUCAGGCCAUGGCCACCACCCUUGCUUAGGCCCCCUGGUCUCCCGCAGCCCAUCCAGCCGGGCCUGGUGCCCACCCUCACACAACUGCCUAUCAGUUAUUGUGUGCCUACCAAAUAGGCCACCCACACUGGAAUCUGUGUUCAAACCAACUUCACCUGGCCCAGAGCCACACUCUUCCUGUGACAGCCCGGGGCUCCUCUGAGCUGCCUCUUCUGCACCGUGACUCUUGGUAUCACAAUGACCAGGGUCCAGCCUGGCAGAGCCCUGAUGUUUCUGCCCAAUGGCACAGUCAGCCCAGAACCAUGUCGUCAAGCCCACAGGUGUGGCACAUGACCAUGCCGCCUAUCAGCAGGAGCAGCCCCACAGCCACAGUGCCCAGGUCCCCCAGCUCAGCCAGCAGCCCCAGGUCUCCGGGCACCCCAGGCUCAGAGAAAGUGGCCUCCCCUCUGGAGUGCUCCAUCUGCUUCUCGGGCUAUGACAACAUCUUCAAGACACCCAAGGAGCUCUCCUGCACCCAUGUCUUCUGCCUGGAGUGCCUGGCACGGCUGGCGGCCGCCCAGCCCACAGGUCAGCCAGGUAGCGAGGCUGUGCCCUGCCCAUUCUGCCGGCAACCCACAGCUGUACCCGCUGCUGGAGCCCCUGCGCUGCGCACCAGCCGCCAGCUGCAGGCCCGGAUGCCAGCGCACCUGCGGCAGGAGGAGCCCGUGUGGGUAGAGGGCACCAAGCUGUGCUAUUACCCACCGCCCUCUGUGCCUGGCCCGGUGGAGCCCGGCUUCAUGUGCGUGGACAUAGGCCCAAGCAAGCCCGCUGAGCCUGCUGCACCUGCGCCCAUCCCAGGCCCUGCCCAGCAUCGGGGGCUCUUGGCCCGCUGCUGGGCACGCUGCAGGGACUGGAGGCGCGUGGUGCUCAUCACAGCCCUGCUGCUCGUGCUCUUCUGUGUGGUCCUCUGGCCUGUGCAGUGCGCGCUCAGGACUGGGAGUCUGCACUGCCUCCCCCGGCCUCCCUCCACCGCCGCCACUGCUGCCACCACCUUCUCACUCGGGUCCCUGGUGGACAAUUAGUGUCAGCACUCCCACCCAGCCCACCCCUCCCGGAUCCCAGAGGAGCCACCACAUCUCUGAGGAACCCCACCCCAUUCAGCACACACAACCCCCGCUCUCUGGGGCUGGGUCCUAUGGGGUGGACAAAAUGGUCCCCAGAGCUUCCAAGAAUCAGAUUCCUAUGGGCUCCAGAGACCACCUCCCUAACCCCCAUCUUGCAGAUGGGGAAACUGAGGCCCAGAAGAGACAGCUUGGCAAGGCCCCUCCCUGUCCACACUGUGAAUCUGCAGGACCUACCCCUUGCUGAAAAGGGAAGGGGCUUGCCACCCUCAUCUUAUUUUCACAUUUCACCAUGGUUUCUCACUUCCCCAGGCAGGGCUGGCCCCUUCCCUUGGGUGGCCACGGGGACAGAGGGCAGUGGCAGGGAGCCCAGCUCCCCAGUGCCCAUCCUGCCCUCCUGAAUUGUACAUUUUUAAAUAAACUAUUUUGUACCCACAUUGAUAAGGGGUCCUCACCCUCUGUGUUCUUUCCUGUACCAUUAAGCCCCUCUUUCCAGAAAAGUCCAGUCUGUCCCUUCCACAAAGACUCUGAA